ACAUGCGGGCUGAACGGUACGUCUUUUUUUAAAUUCCCUGACAUCUCCGCGUUCUUCGCCAGUAUGUGCACAGAUCCAUCUCCCUUUGCGAAGCCACCUCUAGAGUGCACGUAUUUGCAAUGACGCAAGUGCAUGGACCUAUGGCCCAUGUUAAAGUUUGCCAGAGCCACUCGGGUGACGCAUUGUUCCCGCGUUCUUUGACCCUUUGUCUUGGCUUUGACCUGACUAUCCGAAACGUGUUGCCAUAUAAAAACGAGGUUCGCAAAGUCAAACGACGACAUCGCACUCUUUCACUCUAGCUCUCAACAUGGCCGGCAGGAAUCCCUCCUUCAAUGAACUUGUCUAUCUCUAUAGAAAGGACUUGACUUUGCCACUGAUCCCAGUGACCUACCCUACUGGCUCAUCCGUCUAUCAAGUAAUGCCGAUUCCUCAGGUUUCCGAGGACGACGUAGCUCAGUUCAAUGAUCAAAUUCGCCAAAGUGAAGAGCGGUAUUACUCGAACCUGCUCUUCCCACCUCCGUAUUUACCUGUUGCUACGUCUUCUACCAUUGCGGACCCUCAGGCUAUCUUCUUGGGCUCGCAUCCGGGAUACUCUCAACCAAGUGUUCCACCAGCUCCCGAGUACCACAGGAAGACCGUGCCCAUUCCAGAGUUUGUUCCAGGACGACAACUUUUCUUUACUUCUCGUAAUGAACCUGGAGUGUGUCUCGCGGAAUUUGAGCAAGAUCGUACGGUCCUUGACUGUCUGGACCAGCCCAUUGUUACUUUCGAUUCUAGCGUGAAAACAAUUCGAUGGCGCUUCAUAUGGCCCGGAUAUCGGGAAAAAAUAGAAGUCGAUGUCCCGUUCGACGCAAUCACCACUUAUCGAGACCUUGCUCUGAUGAUCUGUGAGCUCCUACAUUCUUAUUUCGUGGAAUCUAACAAGAAAAAGCCUUCCGAACCAGGGGAUCAGCAAUGGCGAGUCAACAAGGAUGGCCCGAUGACGUUCAAGCAUAUCUGGCUCAUGUCUUUUGGCUGUAUUGACCUCCAGAAGAAUGAGUGGGCUGCUGAAUUCGAACUCCUUAUUCCAAGGGCUCGUACUCUUGAAGAUGGCUUAUGCUAAAUCAAAAUCAUCAUCUAUACUUGUUUUAACCCGUCACAAUACAGUAUAUGCUCUAACUUGACUUCUAUACGUGAUUGGCCUAUGCAUCUUUGAGCAUCU